UAACUAACCACGCUCUCUUCAGCGUCGUAUCAAGUGUGAUGAAGAGAAACCGGCGUGUCAACGCUGCAUCAAGAGUAAACGCACAUGCGAAGGCUACAGCACAAAGGCCGUCUUCCGCAACGAAGGCCAACGCGAUUAUGCACCAGCACACCUACAGAUACGGCCGUCUGCUUCAAACGACGCAGCAGGCCUUCAUAUGGCACAUGGGCAAGGAAGUGGACUUCCUCCGGUAGCAGGAUCGCAAUCGACGCUUGUUAAUUUGCCUCGCUCGACGUACUUACCGAUCGUGUUUGCACCACAUUAUCAAGCGCCUGGCUAUGUAGAGGGGCAGAGCUCCUUCCCACCACCACCACUGACUUCGACGCAGCCUGGUGGCGGUGCUGCGGCGAUCGCACAACAGCUGUUUGCCCCUGGUAGUCGCAAUUCUAGUACAUCCACUGCGAGUGGACAAUCAGAGCGUCGCAUAUCCGUCAUGUCGCUCAUCUCACCUGAUGCAUCCAAUGCCUCAACUGCAGUGACGUCGAUUGGUGGACAAGAAGGCAUCAUAAAUCAAACCACGAAUGGCUACAGUGCUUCUGGUAAUAUGAGUACAGCGACGCCAGGCCCCGCAACUGGUUUGGCAAGUUCAACCCCAGAGACAGAUGCGCGCGACAGCUACUACUACAAUUACUAUAUGACGGUUCAUGCUAUGACUUUGACAAGAAAUAAUCUGGUCCCGGACGCCGCGCCUGGUUUAUGGACGCAAACGAUUCCCGGGCUCAUCAAUGAGGAUCCUCCUGGCAAGCGGGCUUUGUUUGAUGCAUUGAUUGCAUUGACGGCGCAUACGCGUGGCGAGGAAGUAGCAAUUCCAUUUGAGACGCGCUCGGUUGGGCCCUUGGCAUCUUUGAUUGAGCUUGGUAUUAAGUGCUUGGUGGACAUUUACAGAGACACGACAGAGACGCUCAGCAGAGCGGAUGUAUUUCAUGAACGAACGGAUGAACCUGUUCAACGGCACUUUCGAUGGCAAAUACUAUACACGCUUGUCGUCUGCAACCUAUCCGAUGCGCGGACCAGGAAGAAUUGGGUAAAUUAUCUCGCAGACAAGGCUUUCAACAAAGGAUGCAUGACUGCAGCUAGCGAAUCGCAACAUUUCUUCCUGUGCUGCUUGCGCGAGUUGAUGUUUACUGGCGGUGCAUUACCUCGACAACCCUCAGCGACAUUGCUGGAGUUUAGAUCCAAGUAUGAGCUUUUGGCUAUUCCUGGGAUGGAUUUGAUUUACUUUGCCAUGUGCCAGGAUUACACUGCGCUUCGUGGUAUCUGCUACCGCAUCCUGAGUAGCCCGCGAGCGGAAUACCUCUUGCUGGCUGGAAAUCUAUUGCGUGGCGCACAGUUGAGAGGCGAGCCUGGCUUGGAGACACUGCUGGCAGACUUGCAUCGAGCAGCGGAUAAGAUCAAGUACUGAGCUGCUUUUCACGAUUUCUUAAAGUCCUUCAUCAUGUUUGGGAAUACAUACAA